AUGCCGGUUUUAAGUCUACUUGGUACACUGUUGGCCUGUUCUAUCCUUGCUGCCUCUAAUGUUGUCCACCAUUCCCUUCCGGAGGGCCCCAUUAUUGCUGCCUGGCAAAAUUGGGGGAGGUGCAAUGAAAGUCAAACUCUGCUGGCCGUGGAGAGAGGUGUCAAUGUGAUCUUUUGGUUCGCUUCCAGUCUUCUGAAAGUGGAUGGUAAGCCCCAAGUUGCAGGGCCUUUGCCAGAUCUCGACUGCGUGGCACGCGUGCGGAAGAGCAUUGAAGCAAAAGAAGCCGGAUGGAGUUCAGCCAUGCAGAUUUUAAUUGACCUCGACACCAGACACCUCAUCACCAUUGGUGGGUGGAAUGGUCCUCAUCCUGACACCAGCUUUACGGGAGAGGAGUGGUUUCAUGCCUGGCACACUUGGAAUCAAGGCUUAGCCCUACCUUUUGACGGUUUCGACUGGGACCUGGAAGGAAACGAUUGGACCCAAAGCCGCUACAACGUCUUCAGCUCAGCAUGCAUGCAGCUGGUCGUUGAUAUGUCUUCGUUUGCCAAAAAAGCGGGAUAUUUGGUGACCAUGGCACCGGCACAGACGUAUUUUGAUGUGACCACAUCAAAGUUUAACCGUUUCCUGAACAAUUCCAAUGAGGACUAUCAUCCAGAUUUCUUCUACCGCGGCAGAAAUUGCUAUGCCUAUUGGUGGGCUGCAGCCCCCGAGGGAACUUUUGAUUUGGUCACCAUCCAGCUCUAUGAAAGCUACGCACCAGCCAUGCAAGCUUUGCACAGCGGCAUCAGCGAGGAAGAGUAUCUGCAAAGCUAUGCAGCACAGUUCCUCAAUGGAUGGACCAUUCAUUUCGAUGACCCAUCUCUUCCAUUGCAAGGUGAUGUGAAGAUCCAAGUUCCCCAUUCCAAACUCUUGCUGGGCGUCAGCUGGGGCUCACCUCCCAAGUGGGCCUUUUUUUGGCCAGAACAAUUGGCAGCAGCGUACCAAGCUGCGAAGGAAGUUGAGAGGCCCAGGGGCUAUUCCUUUUGGAUGAUCGGCUUGGAAGACACCUUUGGGAACCAUUCCAAUCGAACGUUGAGUUUCGCGCAUGGACUCAACCAGUUCCUCCACGUCAGAGGAGGACGAAGGAUGCAGAGCAUCCCUGCCUGCGCCAGCGACAUUGCGCUGCAAACCGUGGGCGUGACGGCGGUGAACUGCUUCGCGGGCGGGCGAUUCGUGUUUAUAGGAGCUCCAAAUACCGAGAGCGCCAGGUUAGCUAUUUGUGAAAUCGAUGUGGUCAUCCGAGGGCCAAAGGAGGUGAAACAGUACAUGGGAGCCAUUGGUCGACCGGUCGAUAUCCGUGUAGAUGGUGUUGGAAUGCUUCCAGAGGAUCGCAUCCGCAUUAUCAAACCUUCGAUCUUGUGCGGCUCGGCAACCGCUGAUUCCAUGGACAGUGCCUUGGUGGAACGCACUCGGCCCUAUGGCGCACCCGAGGUAGAGUCAUCAGAAGUGGAGCGAUGGUUAGAUGUGGAGUUCCUGAGGAUGGGCUUCUACAAGGCCACGAGAUCGCCGCGGCGUUUUGGUGGUUUUGAUCUGCUGGUGCAGUGGCAUGUUCAGCUGCGUCAACGGCGCAGCCAGGGGACCACAGGGGAUUUCACCUUCCUCAUUGGCUUUGCUGUGAUCACAGGUGAAAUGAGGACAGUGGCCGGCAACGGCACUGAGCCUGUGCGCAACGUGGAUGAAUGGGAGGACUUGUACACCGUCCGCGUGGGCUCGGUGAACGGCAUGGCGCUCAGCGCGGACGGGUUGACGCUCUACUGGGCCGAGCCGCACCGGGUCCGCGAAGCCAACCUGGUGAAUGGCUCGGUGAGGACCUUGGUGGGCGAUCUCCAGGCGGGCAACUGCGUGGCGCCGGGCUUCGUCUGUGGCGACGGCCUCCCUGGCACCUCUGCAAGGUUGAAUGACCCACGAGGCCUGGCGGUGUGCAGAGGAGAGCUGCUGAUUGCGGACCACAUGAAUAGUCGCAUCCGAGCCUACAACUUUGAGACGGGCAUCAUCACCACCAAGGUAGGCACGGACCAUGGCUAUUCAGGCGACGGUGGUGCACCCAACUUGGCCAAGCUCAGCGGUCCCACAGGGGUGGUGUGCGAUGACCUUCGAGGCUACUGGAUCGCAGACACCGGCAACUCCGCCAUUCGCGGCGUCAGGGUAAGCCCCGGGCAGUCGGACGUCAUCUCCACCGUGGUGGGUGGCUUGGGACAGGGCCUGGCGACGCCGGGCACCUGGAGCAACCAGGCGCAGUUGGAUCAUCCUAUGCAGCUGGCGACGCCUGGAAGAAUUUUCCAUGGGUGA